AAUAAAAGGGGAUUCCGUUUAUUUAUAUCCAAAAAAUUGACCUUAUAUAUGAGGACUGACAUACAAUCCACUGAUUUGUCUCUCCAGUCUCUACGAUUACAAUUCUUCUCUCUCUCGACGCGCCACUCUCCUUUCAUCAUAACUGACAACCCUUCCUUCUCUCUUCUUUUCAUAACAAAAUAUAUACAGCCAUGGACAACCCCCAAUCCCAACCCUGGGGACCUCAUCAGCUCCAUGCCGCACCCAUCUUCCGCCCACCGGAGACCCCACGCGAGCCCAUGGAGUACCUGUCCCGCUCAUGGAGCGUGUCUGCCAUGGAAGUCUCCAAGGCCCUCUCCAAGCCGCCAUCAGCCGCUGCCAUAGACGAGGAUGGCGCCGCCGAGUCUGAAGAGUCCUCUGCCAGCGUCUCAGGGAAGCCGUUUUCAUUCGCAUGCUCAGAAACCUCCCUCAUGGUCAUGGAGCGCAUCAUGUCACAAUCUGAAGUAUCUCCGAGAACCUCAGGGAGGCUUUCGCACAGUAGUGGCCCUCUCAACGGAACAGAUAGUCCCCCUCUUUCCCCCUCCGAUCUCGACGAUAUCAAGUCUCUGCAGUAUAACCGACAAACCAAUAACAAUACAAACAACAAUGCCGCCUUCAAUACUUAUUUCAGAACCACCGCUGCUUCCGGUGCCGGUGGUGGCAAGACUGUGGGGAGGUGGCUCAAGGACAGGAAGGAGAAGAGGAAAGAGGAGACUAGGGCUCAUAAUGCUCAGCUUCACGCUGCUGUCUCCGUUGCCGGUGUAGCCGCUGCAAUUGCCGCUAUCGCUGCCGCCACGGCCGCCUCAUCCGGCUCCGGCAAAGAUGAGCACAUGGCUAAGACUGAUAUGGCGGUGGCAUCGGCCGCCACGCUGGUGGCGGCUCAGUGCGUCGAGGCGGCGGAGGCCAUGGGUGCCGAAAGGGAACACCUGGCGGCGGUGGUUAGCUCCGCCGUGAACGUUCGGUCAGCCGGUGAUAUAAUGACUCUAACUGCCGCAGCUGCAACAGCUUUGCGUGGGGCUGCCACAUUGAAAGCAAGAACCUUGAAGGAAGUUUGGAAUAUUGCAGCAGUAAUUCCUGUUGAGAAAAAUUUGGGUGGUUCUGUUAAUAAUAGUGGUAGUGGUAGCAAUGGUAGUUCUAACAGUAGCUUCAGCGGUGAACUUGCCCCGGAGGAAAAUUUCUUGGGCAUCUGCAGUAGAGAGUUACUAGCCAGAGGCUCUGAGCUCCUUAAGCGCACUCGCAAAGGUGAUCUUCAUUGGAAAGUUGUAUCUGUGUAUAUCAACAGCAUGAAUCAGGUUAUUCUGAAGAUGAAGAGCAGGCAUGUUGCUGGGACCAUUACAAAAAAGAAAAAGAAUGUGGUGCUUGAAGUAAUCAAGGAUAUGCCUGCCUGGCCUGGCCGCCAUUUACUCGAAGGUGGCGAGAACCGCCGCUACUUCGGGUUGAAAACUGUAAUGCGCGGUGUUGUUGAAUUUGAGUGCAGAAAUCAGAGGGAAUAUGAUGUUUGGACUCAAGGUGUCACAAGGCUUCUCUCUAUUGCUGCAGAAAAGAACAGCAGAAACAGAAUAUGAUCCUGCUUCAGUUAUGACUUGAUUGUGUGGGGUUAUUAGUGUUAACGUUAUAGUAGGAUCUUUUGGUAUACAUGGUGGUGGGGUUUUGAUCAUUGUAAAAAGGGAGAAACUAAAGGCAAAGUAAAAUGCUAGAUGGGGUGACUUUAGUCUUUGGAAAAAUAUAUUAUACGUUAUGGGGAUUUGGAUGUUUUUUGGGUUUUCUGAAUGAGGAAAGUGAAAGUUAUUGGAACCUUGGUGAGUGAUCACCAUGUGAAGCCUGGUCUUUUUUGGUUUUUACACUGUUCUGGAAAGAAAAAAUGAGUCUCUUGGACUGUGGGGGCAGUCAAAAAGGCAAGGAUCACAUUGGAGGAGAGAAGGUUUAAUAUAUAUAUUGAAGACAAAGACACCUACCCCCUUAGGCCUUAAUCCUUAUUAUUUUAUCUUAGGUGUUUGUACAUGUGGUUUGGAUAUAUUAAGAGAAAGUGAACAUAAUCCUAGAUUUCCAUGUGACUAAAUACAAUUAAAAAAAAAUGUCUGAGCUAUGAUUGAUGGAUUGGAUCUCUAAUUCUCUAAAAUUCUUAGUAACUGUUUCUUCCACUUAGAGAGUCAUCAUUGCCUUCGGAUUCUACUUGUCUUGAUUAAAUGCUUCGCAGCAUGGACUAAGGAGUAAGCCCUGCCUUUUUUUAUUUUUUAUAUAAU